GUUUCCUUCAGAUAAAUAAUAAAUAGCACUCUCUGUGUAAACACUAACAAACACAAGGCAGCAGCUCGGCUCCAGCAGUGAUUGCUGAGUUGGUGGGGCACUCCUCAGCAAGAUGGCUGCAUUGCUGCGCGCAAUAGUGGCAUCCUGGUGAAAUGACGCAAGCCACAGUUUACGUUCAGUCCUCGAGGCUGUGAGCUCUCCAGUCUCCAUAGCGCAGAUCCCGCCCGACACACAGCCCGGAAGACCGACCGGCUACCCUCCAGUGGACCGAGCGGAACCGGUUCAUCUGAGUGAGAGUGCGAUGAGGAGAGGUUUCAGAGUGUGAGGCCAUGGGCUGCACCUCGGCCAAGCAGGUGUCGGCCGUGCCAAACGAUGAGGAGGGACGCGGCAAGGCCUACAGCAACGGAGACCUCUUCACCGAUGAAUACAAGAUGAAGGGAGUGGAGGAGGUGAAGUACAUGAGAGGGGAUGAAAACCGGGUGAAUGCACGCAACCAGGAGAACCUGGAGAAGAGUAAUGCGCAGUACAGGGGCAAACCGCAGAAAGAGGUCGCUGCAGCAAACAUCAAGUCAAAUAUUCACACGUCAGAGAGCCAGCAGGAAUUUUUCAGGAUGCUGGAUGAGAAGAUUGAGAAGGGGCGAGACUACUGUUCGGAGGGGGAGGAGGAAGAUGGGACAUAGCACAGAGGCCCCCAAGAUUCAGCCCCACAGAGAGCCUCACAGUGUGUGGAUGUGUGUGUGUGCGUGAGUGUAAAUGCGUACAUGUGUGCUUAUGUGUGCCUGGGAGAGGGAGAGAGAGAGAGAGAGAGAGAGUUGAAUCAGUGUUUUACCAAUGAGGCGUCGAUUUGACAGGAAACUAUGUGUUGGAAUGAGCAUGUGUGUGUGUAUGGCAAAGAUAGUAUUUUAAUCAAAAGUGAAAGAGUGGGGGAUAAAUGUGAGAGAACGAGAGAGAGAAAGAAAUAAUGGGAUAAAGAACACUUUCUUCAGAGACUACAGCCCUCCUCUCUUAGAGCCUCACCCCUUCAGGCCCCUGAGCAGACAGAUGGAGGUGUCGGAGCGAUGAAGGGACAGACAGAUGAAAAGAGGGAGAGAUGGAGGAGGACGUGACGACGGAUGGGCACAUGUCACCGUGAACGGGAGAGAAGGACUUGCCACAGUCGGGUCAAACAGAGUACUUUCCUUAAGCAGGACAACAGCAGCUCCUCGUCCCUCCAUCUGUCCCCCCGCCCCGUAUCUGUCCAUCUGUACCUCCUGAAUAUUUAACCCCGGCAACUCGACAAAAGGAACUCCCCAAAAUAUGGAGACCCAGUAGGGACAAGUGUCGGUUUACCGAGAAGACACACAAGAAGCCCAGGGGAGGAAAAGAUGGUGAAGGCAGAGGAGUUACGCAACGCCACCAGGAUCCACACUGAACUUUUUGGCCUGCCUACAUACAGCCAGGCCUGCUUGGGCCACGAGGGACUGAGAGAAUGGGUGAGGGAGGGUGAGGGAAAGUGGAGAAUAAAGAGUGAGAAAUUUGUGAUAUUUUAAUAAGAGAGAGUAGGGAGCGAGCUGGUGAUUUAGAAACUCUAAACUCCUCCUGCCUUCUGAAGUCAAGGACCUUUUUUUUUUUUUUUUUUUUUUUUUUUUUUUUAAUCUGUUCCGCAGCCACAUGUUCAGUUAUUAUUUUUUCCUUUUUCUUCAGUUUGUUUUUAUUCUUGGCUUCCUUCGUAGUGUAUCAUCAUCAUCAAUGUCAUUAUCAUCCUCAUCACCACAGCAGGCAGACUGAAGCUGCGUUAAUUCAGAGCAUCUGUGUCUCAACCCGAUCCAUCCUCCUUCAUAUGUACCAUCACACUGCAGAUCCUAGCUCACACACACACACACACACACACACACACAGUCUUUUAUUGUACAUAUGGUAGCACACUCUCAUCCCUACACACCCGCAGCAUGUACAUAUUAACCACACAAACACACGCAUUAUUGUAUCCCUUUCAUUUCACCAGCAGACUGUCAUGUGCAUCAGUCAGAGGUAUUCUGUAAAGCUCCAUUUCUGCUUUGGUUUAGUGUUCACAUACACACACACACACACACACACACACACACACACACCUCUCUCUCUCACACACACAGACACACACACACUCUCUCUCUCUCACACACACACACACUCUCACUCACACACACACACAAACACAAACACACAGGUACUGAAGCAGCAAACUGGGCUGAGAUCAAGGGGAGGAUGCGUGGUUGCCAUAUAGACACAGACCUGAUCACAUCUUUUGUUGUCAUCUUUACUGGAUACUUCCUGUUGUAUUAUUUUGAAUACGUUUUUUCUAUUAAAAUUAAAAACGAAGAAGCUCUUAA